AUGAUCUCAAGAUUGGAUCAGAUAAUGGCGACAAUGGUUGACACUAUUACUGAUAAUAAAGUGAAGAUUGAAUGCAACGCUAGUCCGCAGCAAAUGGUCACCACUUAUGAGGGUUUGAAUGAAACCAAAGACAAACACACAUCACAUGAAACGGACACCAAAUCAGUACUCAAAUCAAAUAUUGUGUCAAAUAAUAGGUAUAAAUGUGUGGCCGAAGACUGCGGUUACUUAUCCACUGACAAGACAUCUCUUGAGCAACACAUGGAAAUGGAUCACAAGAAUGAAUGCCUAUUCAAAUGCAAUCAUUACUCGUGCGAUGCGAUGGUUAGGACACCGGAAGCACUCAGGGAUCACAUCAAUGACAGGCAUUCACUCAAAGGGUUAAAGAGUUUUGAAUGCGAUUACAGUGGCUGUGGCCGAGUGUUUGACCGGAAGUACACUUUGGAGAAACACUGGUUCACACACUCUGUGGACAAACCACUGAAGUGUUCAGUCAAUGGAUGCCAUUAUCAGUGCAUACGAAAGCGUCAAAUGCAAUGUCACACGAAUGGACACAUCAGACACAACACAAUCAUUGCGAUAUACGUAGUGAGAGAGGUCUCCGAAAUAGUUACUGCCGUUCGCUCGGAUAUAGGGAAUGCCUCGCGAGUGCUCUCAUCAGUGAAUACCAACACCAUUACCAACUGGUAUACCAUCACAAACUCUUUCAGCUCCCGGAGCAUAAACUCCCAUGAAUUACACACUCCUUGGCUAUACUCCCCACCGGACAGUACAUCCAUUUCCUUGAUAUACGAGUCGAUGAACGCCUUCAUAGCCGACUCCAGAGCCGGCCUGAAUGUGGCAAACGUCACCGGACUAUUUCUGGGCACAGUCAAUUCAAUACCACAUAAGCUUGGUAUUGAGCCAGCUCAUGAACCCAUGGAAGCAGUUCAUCUAGCACACCAUGGCGGUGGUCCAGGCCAAUUGAAAGUGGAUGUGGCACCUGUAGCUAAUCACAAUGAGCCGGUAAUGGUGAACGAACGUGGAAAGGGCUUUUGGGGUGGUACCUUAGCCCUUAUAAUUUGA